AUGGGUUGCGUGAGCUCUAAAUUAAAAGUGGGUAGACUCAUUGGACAGACAUCCCAGAAUGACGGAUGUAGCAGAGAUCCAACAUCCCUGCCGAGGUCCUCUUCUUUGCUUCCCGGGCAAAUUCUGCAGAACAUGAAUGCAGAAAGGGCAAAAGAAAAGACAGUUGUGACACUGUACUCAUAUGACCCCAGAAAUAAGGAUGAUCUCUCGUUUAAAAAAGGGGAAAAACUCCAAAUACUGGAGGAAGAUGGAGAGUGGUGGAAGGCCAAAUCUCUGGCCACUGGUAAAGUAGGACUGAUACCCUCCAACUACGUAGCAGCAGUGGACAGCAUGGACAGAUAUGAGUGGUUCUUCAAAAACAUUAGUCGAAGAGAUGCUGAGAGGCAGCUGCUGGCUCCUGCCAACAAACCUGGAGCCUUCCUCAUACGAGAGAGUGAGACAACAGCAGGGAGUUAUUCAAUGUCAGUGAGGGAUAUGAUGCCUGAUGGUUCAGACAUAAUCAAGCAUUAUAAAAUCCGCGUGCUGGAUAAAGGAGGAUACUACAUCUCUCCCAGAAUCACUUUCACCAACCUGCAAAAUCUCAUCACACACUACCAGAAGCAGGCUGAUGGAUUGUGUCGGAAGUUGGACAAAGUGUGUGUGAAGCCAAAGGUGGAGACACCGUGGGCUAAAGAUGCUUGGGAGAUCUCUAAAGACACUCUGCGCAUGGUGAAGAAGCUUGGGGCAGGCCAGUUUGGAGAGGUCUGGAUGGCGAUGUAUAAUAAUAGCACCAAGGUUGCCGUGAAAACCCUGAAGCCAGGCAGUAUGACGGUGGAAGCAUUUCUGGAGGAAGCCAACCUGAUGAAGAACUUACACCAUGACCGUCUGGUCCGCCUCUAUGCUGUGUCCACCAAAACCCAACCCAUUUACAUCAUCACAGAGUUCAUGGCAAAUGGCAGUUUGCUGGAUUUUCUGAAGAGCCCGGCAGGCAGGAAAUUGCAGCUACCCAAACUCAUUGACUUUUCCGCCCAAAUUGCAGAAGGAAUGGCUUACAUUGAAAAGAAGAACUACAUCCACAGAGACCUGCGUGCGGCUAACGUGCUGGUCAGUGAGACGCUGCUGUGUAAAAUCGCCGACUUCGGUCUCGCCAGGGUCAUCGAGGACAACGAGUACACGGCCAGAGAAGGCGCAAAAUUCCCCAUUAAGUGGACAGCACCUGAGGCCAUAAACUACGGAUCCUUCACCAUCAAGUCAGACAUGUGGUCCUUUGGCAUCCUGCUCUAUGAGAUCGUCACCUAUGGCAAAAUACCCUACGCAGGUUUGAGUAACGGAGAGGUGAUACAGCGGAUACAGCGCGGAUACAGGAUGCCUUGUCCAGAGAACUGCUCGGAGGAGCUCUACGAAGUCAUGACCACCUGCUGGCACGGCAAACCCGAGGAACGGCCGACCUUUGACUACCUGCAGAGCGUCCUGGACGACUUCAACAACGCCACAGAGGGACAGUACCAACAGCAGUCCUGA